AUGUCUUCAUCUACAUCAUGUAUUAAAUGCUUCAUUUUAUCUCCGUUAAAAAUGCAAGUCAGAAAUAUUCAGAACAUAGCACCGAGUCUAACUGACAAGAGUAUAAAGAUAUACUAUGAACACGUUAUGAUGAAACCUACCAAAAUUCAAGAAAGUCAGUAUACUUAUGAAUAUCCAAGACACUGGGUAGAGUAUGUAGGAGGUGAGAAAGCUAUUGAAAUCAGACAAGUUCGAAGUAUUCCAGCAGGAAGAACAAUAUUAUUGAAGAACUUUAAUGUUUUGAGGUAUAAUGAUGAAACAAAGAAGCAAGAUAGUUUUCCUGUUGCUGUGUAUGUGAACCUAGACACAGGAGAUGACAUGAAAGUUUUUAAUACAAAGCUUCAAACGGUAGUGAGAGAACAACUUACUGCGGAAGGACAUCCAUUACCUUCAGAAGUUACCAUAGCAUAUAAUUUUGAAACAAACUCAAUAGAUUUUAAAGUCGUCUCUGCAAAGAAGUCAGGUUUUACAUUUAAUGAAGCAGAUGUAUAUUCGAAUGAAAACUUCAAAGCUAUUGCAUGGUUAUAUAAUGACGAUUGCUUUAAGAAAAUAUUUAAAUUCAGUGACUCAAAGAUGUCAAUAGAUGACCUUCGUGGAAU